UUCAUGCAGUUCCAACGGAGCAUUGCACAUCUGGUAUCUGUCUGUUCAGGAUCCAAGACAAAGGAAUGUUUUCUGCUACCAUCAAGAAGGAGCCAUAAAGGAAACAAUCAGUUAGAACAAGAACUAACAGAUCUUUGGGAAGUGCACUGACUCAAAGUACGAAGACCAACAGAACAACAGGCAGAAAGCAGCUCUCUGUUAUCCACACUGACGUGAAGCUCCUGUUCCUGAGGCUGCUGAGGACAACUCCUGUCUGUUUUCCCGGUGAAGCCAACAAUGGAUGGAGUGGUGAAGCAGGGCCGGACGAUUCACAAGGAGAAGGUCUCUUAUUGGACCCUGAAGGUCACCGUACUGAGAGCACGCCUGCACACCUCUGAAGAUUACUUUUCAAAUUCAGACUGCUACGUCACUUUCUUCCUUCCAACGGCAACAGCCAGGAAGUACCGCACCAGAACUGUGUCAAACACAAACCAGCCGGAGUGGAAGGAAACCUUCACCCUCCGGGUCCCCGUCCUGCUCAAAAAUGUUCUGGAGAUCCAGCUCCAUGAUGAGGAUCCCGUCACAUCUGACGACCACAUUUCAACAGUCCUGUUUGACCUGGGAAACCUGCGUGUUGGGGAAAAGGAGACCAAGGUGUUUGAGUUGAACUCUGAGACAAAUGAUAAACUUGUCAUGGAGUUCGAGCCCAUUCAGAGUGAUGAAGCCCCUCAGGAGUACAUCAGCAACGGCAUCAUCAUGGCUGCCCCGCUCUCUGUGCUGCAGUUCAGCAUGAGGAACCAUCAGAACAGUGACUGUCUGAAAGACAGGAUCCUGAAGGUGAGAGGGGCUUAUGAUGAAACCCAGAGAUUCAUUUCUGAGGGGACGGACCUGUGUUUCUACAUCAACCGAGACCUGGAGACUGAACUGGGAGUCCUGUCUGGUUCUGAAGAAGAUGAUGCUGAUGCUCCUCUGGAAUCUGCUGCCAACGUCCCGCCUCUCCCAGCUCGAUGCUCAGGGACGGCCACUCUUGCUAUUGACCAGAAAAAUGUGGUAUUGGACCUGCAAGCACAGCAGAGCCAGGAGGAGCAUCUUGCCGUUCGGCUAGAUAAUGAGCUCCCGGCGCAGGAGAGAGAGUUCCUGAUGAAGAGGAAGGCCUUGGUGAUGAAGGCUCUGGAGAAGACUCUGUCCCUCACCUCUCCACUCGACCCCAAGAAGGUUCCAACUAUAGCAGUGGCAUCUUCAGGCGGAGGCUCUCGAGCAAUGACGGGCUUUUUGGGAAGCCUGAGGGGUCUGAAGGAAAUAGGGGUCCUGGAUGCUGUCACUUACCUUACUGGUGUUUCUGGAUCCACCUGGGCAUUGUCUGCUCUGUAUCGGGAGGCAAACUGGUCACAGCAAGGCUUAAACAAAGUCAUCUCAUUUGAGAAAGAACAGAUGACAAAGAGCGUCCUGGAGGUCUUCUCACCCGAGAAGCUGCACUACUACAGAGAAGAAAUGGCAGAGAAAAAGGAGCAGGGACACAUUUCAUCCUUCAUUGAUUUUGCCGGACUGUUUGUUGAGCAACUUGUUUUUGGGGAGAAAGUCGAGAGUACCCUGUCUGAGCAGCAGAUGGCAGUGAAUGAAGGUCAAAACCCUUUACCAAUCUACGCUGCUGUCAAUAUGAAAGAGGACCUGCACGGCAGUGGAAGUGAAGCUGAGUGGUGUGAAUUUACCCCCUAUGAGGUCGGCUUUCACAAGUAUGGAGCGUUUGUCCAAACUGAGAACUUUGGAAGUGAGUUCUUCCUUGGUUAUAUCAUCAACAAACUCCCAGAGCUCCGCAUCGCAUAUCUUCUUGGAAUAUGGAGCAGUAACUUUGCUUUGUCCAUCACUCAGCUGUGGAAGUUCUUCACAGGUCGUGAAACUCCAUGGGGCGACCAGCUUAAAGCCAAAGUCAGAGUCACAGAAACGGACUCUGAACCUUCUGGUCUGGACACGGUGGUCAUUGACCCUGUAUCAGAUGUGACUGAUGGGGUGUCUGACUUUCUGCGGGAUGAAGUAGUAAUGGCAGAGAUGUUCAACUUCAUGCGUGGAUUCUCCCUGCGCUGGAACUACAAAGAAAACAGCAACUUCAACACGGACAAAGACUUACAUCCUGAUUCCAUCCCGAGUCGCCUGACGCCCAGCGACGCCUUUCUGCACCCAGUGGAUGCCGGUCAUUCCAUCAAGCAGGGCUGUGUGCCGGUCCUGAGGCCAGAGAGAGACGUGGACGUCAUCAUAUCUCUGGGUUUCCCGUGGGAUGGAGAGCGCUUCCUGAAGAUCCUGGAGGACACCGCUGUGUACUGUAAAGAACAUGACAUCCCGUUCCCCGACGCAGACUUUGCCGGUCUGGAAAAGGAGCCAUUACAGGAGGUCUACGUCUUUGAGGAUGAGGAGAACCCCAAGGCUCCCAUCGUGAUGCAUUUCCCACUCAUCAACCUCUCAUAUCAACAACAUAAAAAACCUGGUGUGAAACGAGAGACUGAGGAGGAAAUCCAGGCUGGGAAGGUGGAUGUGACCAGUGAAGAUUCUCCAUACACAACAAACAACUUCACCUACUCCCCGGAGGAUUAUGAUGCUCUCGGGGACUUGACCACCUACAACAUCUUAAACAACAAGGAGAAAAUCCAGGAGGUCCUCCGCAAGGCCCUGCAGAAGAAGGAGUCCAGUGUCUGAGUCCAGGACCAAGAAGAGCUCUUCACAUGAAACGGAAACACACAAUGUUUUUUGUUCUGCAUCCAGUUGACAAACUUAUUGUGAACUGGGUUGAAAAUAAGUAAAAUAUUAGUCUAAAUAAUCAUAUGAAGAAGUUGCUUAAUGAAUGAAAUUCAGUGUUGAGACAGUUUCCACAACUUGAUGCUCAUAAAUGACACAGAAUGCUGAAAGAGGGAAGCUGUGGUUGGAAUAUUAUAGUUAGCUUGUAGCAUGAUUGAGUUGGUUUGGGGAUUUGGGUUUUUUUCUUGAAUGAGACAUGAAGUUGUUGGAUGAUGUUUCAAAGUUCUUGUUAUUGAUGAAGAUGACCUUAUGGCAUCUGUUUAGCAGUUGUGGUUGGUAAUGUGCGUAUGUGAUGAGGGUUGAAGAACAUUUUAUUUAACUGGACAUUUGCCUGGUUUGCUUCUUUUAUGCCAACUGUAGUUUCAAUUAAAGGUUCUUUGACUUCAAAAGGACAAUGAACUCCCAAUCGCAUCACUUGUGAUUUAAGUUUUCCCUUAACACAAACUUUGCAUGAUCAACACUUCAAUUUCUAUAUUAAAGAUAUAAAAGUCUGGA